GGGCGGAGAAGUAUGGUAUAAAGUGUAGAAAGCUGUCACCCAACAGCAACUGCUGUUUGCAUGAGAAGAAGGAGGCCAUCAUGUCCACCCAGCAGGACUAUGACUGUGUGGUGAUCGGGGCGGGUGUCCAGGGCUCCUGCACGGCCUACCAGCUGGUUAAACAGAACAAGAAGACUCUGCUGCUGGAGCAGUUUAUCCUCCCUCACACCCGGGGUAGUUCCCAUGGACAAACUCGAAUUAUUCGCAAGGCCUAUGAGCAAGACUUUUACACUCGAAUGAUGGAGGAAUGCUACCGUCAGUGGACUCAACUGCAGAAGGAUGCCGGUGUGCAACUGUUCAGACAAACAGGACUGUUGGUCAUGGGACCAGAAAACCAUGGAGAUUACCAGUUAUUCAAGAAUACUCUACAGAAGAAUAAGGUUCCCACAGUGAUUUUGACCCGUGACAACUUCAAGCAGAACAUCCCGAAUGUCAUCCUGGCUGAAGGAGAUGGUGCCCUGGUAGAUGUAACAGCUGGAGUCCUGUUUGCAGACCGCGCCCUGAAAGCUGUACAGGGCCAGUUUCAGAAGUUGGGAGGGGUCAUAAGAGACAAUGAGAGGGUUAUGGAAAUCAAGCCUGGCUCUGUUGUCAAGGUGACAACGUCUAAAGGAGUUUAUCAAGCGAGGAGUGUUGUGAUCACUGCUGGACCCUGGACCAACAGACUCCUGGCUCACACUGGUUUCCAGUUACCACUGGAGGUAGUCAAGAUCAAUGUUUGCUACUGGAGAGAGAAGACUCCUGGGACAUACGAUGUGAAGCAGCGCUUUCCGUGCUUCCUACUCACUGAGGGUGCGGAGACCAAAGAACACAUCUAUGGUCUCCCGUCCAAUGAGUAUCCAGGUUUGGUAAAGAUAUGCUACCACAUGGGUGCCAAGACCGACCCAGAUUACAGAGACCUGCAGACAGAUAAAUCCGAUAUUGACAUCCUGAAGCGCUACGUAGCCCGAUGCAUGCCUGGCCUGAUCCCUGAACCUGCUGUGGUGGAGAGCUGCAUGUACACACUAACACCUGAUCGUCACUUUGUGCUGGAUUACCAUCCCAACUACAGCAAUAUCAUCAUUGGAGCAGGAUUUUCAGGUCACGGUUUCAAGUUUGGACCGGUUAUCGGAAAGCUUCUGUGUGAGCUCAGCCUGGGAGAGGUGCCCUCCUUUGACCUUUCACCUUUCCGAAUCAGACGUUUCCAGUCAAAGACCAAAUCAGCUUUGUAGAGUUGGAACUGGUUUCAGCACCUCUGUUUAAUUUUUCAAAAUCAUUGAUAAAAUCUACAGCCAAAUAUCAGUUUUGUAGCUCUGAAAGACAUUUAUUGUUUAUGGUUUAUAGGUAAAUACAACCCAUUGGACCACA